AUGUUGUUUAUUAAUUCUCCCGUCUGGAGCUGUUUGAGUGGAUCCCGUUUGGAGACACCGGUAUUGACAAGAUACCGAACCACAGGAACAUCCCUGCUUCCUUUCGGAGGUCAAAGUCUGGAGGAUUUUUAUUGUGAAAAUUUUGGCGUCGGGAUCGAGCACUUAUCGACGCCAAUAGUGAUGGACAAGAUCACACCACACGCGCUGGAGUUCCUGUGGGUCAGAACAUCGGAAGAAGUUUCUAACUCCAAUGAAGAAGAGGAAGAAGAAGAGAAAGUAGGAGACAAAUUUGAUUUCUACAGUGUGGAUGGUGAGAUAACUUUUGAAAAUUAUGAGGACGAGUUCGAAUUUCGUAGAUAG